CUUCCUUUCUCACUCCUUCCCCCUCAUCGAUUGAGCUCAAAUUGAGUGUGGAGUCACCGUAUGCGGUGAUAUCUACUCUGUAUACUAUUAGUAUCAUCCCACCUUUGCGCUCUACACAGCGCAACUGGCAAGUGCCAAUAUGGCGCCCGUUUCAACUGCCGGAGAGGCAGUGGCGAGAGUCGCCUAUCUCACUAGCGACGUUGUGGUCUCCGUCCAGCCAUCCCUGCAGACAGAUUCUUGGUUUAGCAAGUCACUAAAGGCUCUCAAGCAAGAAAGGGCGCGCAGUGUCCUGCCUAAGGGCGUACCUGACGUGAUCUCAGUACGAUACAAUGAGGAUCCUCUCCUCUCUGCUUUCCACCCUUUGCAGACUGGAGAUGCAGUUUCUGUUGUCUCUAGCUCCUCUGUCCUCCUCUCUUCUAUCCCUCACCUCUACCGCUUGGCGAACUUCCCCAUUGUCAUUCACGUCGCCUUGGAGCCUUCUCCAUUCCCAGAUUACUCGGUGAUCAGCUCAAUACGGCAAUGUGGCUUCACAUUCCUGCACUCUGAGACCGUUCAAGAGGCACAAGAUAUCUCUAUCACUGCUCAUGCUUUGGCACGCAAGUCUGGAAAGGGUGUCAUUCACUUCUUUGACCCUACCAAUUCUGCUCGCGACGAGCCCAUCGCAGAGGAGGAUGUGAAUGUGGUCCAGAGUGUUCUGAACUUGGGAGGACAUCAUGCUACUCACUCCACCGGGCUCGGUGCCCAAACAUUGUACACUGAUUCUGGACGUGUGGCCACCGUAGCCGAUGAAGUUGUGGAGAACGCUAAGACCCCCUCGGGUGCUGCUACCCCUGCACAGCCAUCUCAGACACCUUCGAGUGUCAGUGUUGACAACUCGUCCGUUGGCUCCUCAAGAAGAGAUAGCAGCGUUGAUAGCCGCGCUACUAGUUCCGCUGCAACAACUGUGGAUGCUUCUUCUAUUAGGCCAGUUAGUGCCGCAGACAUCUUUGAAUGGACUUCUCAGAUCUGGCGCACUUUGUCGGGAUUGGUGGGUCGUAACUACAGGGCGGUCGAGUACACUGGUCCUUCGGAUGCCAAGUCCGCUCUCUUUAUCUUUGGCUCCACCGGAGUGUUUGUAGAUGCUCUGUCCAAGGAAGACACUGCCAGCGAGCUGAAGAACAUUGGACUUAUCACUGCGCGGUUGUACCGACCUGGAUGGGGUCCUUCGUUCAUGGAUCUGUUGUCAAGCUUGACCCCUACCACUGCUGGUGGACGUGCUCCACAAAUUGUCGGUUACAGACUCGGGUACGUUGAGCCAUCCACUGCCAUUCAGGCACUCCGCGGCAUUGUCCAGAAUUUGGACAUCACCUCUCCUAUCCAAAACCUUGAAGUCGGUAGCUCCAAAGUUCCAACACUUGAGACUGCCUUGGAGCAGCCCCAUGUCGAAAAUGCCUAUCUGAAGAUCUUAAACCAGCUUUUCGGGGAGCGUUUGCACAUCGCCAACCAGUUAAAUUCGAAGCAUGCCGGUGUCUCCUCAACCAUUGCCGCCACUCCUGAAUAUGGAUUUGGUUCCUUGAUUGCCAGGAUGGAACACCGCCGGCGGUUUGUGCGGGAGGUUGAAGAAGCAUCGAAGGCUGGUAGCUUUGCCACUGAUGCGCCGAAGACAUCCCUCUCAAAUUGGGCUCUUAACGCCGGAGAUGCAUCCAAGGCCAACAGACUGGCUCCAGAUGUUAUUGAUCACCUUUCAAAGGAUGAUUCUCAGUUGGCCAAGCAGCUCCUAGAGUCCAAGAAGCUUUUCUAUGAUGAGUCUCGAUGGCUCGUUGGCUCCGAUGCCUGGGCCUAUGAUCUUGGCAACUCAGGUGUCCACCAUGUCCUUGCCUCCGGUGCCAAUGUUAACAUGCUCGUUAUCGAUUCCCAGCCGUACUCUGAACGCACCGCUGCUGAUCCGACACGCAGAAAGAAGGAUAUUGGUCUUUAUGCCAUGAACUACGGUAAUGCCUACGUUGCCUCCGUUGCCGUGUACGGCUCCUACACUCAGGUUCUCCAAGCUAUGGCUGAGGCCGAACAGUUCAAGGGCCCAUCCGUGGUUGUUGCAUACCUGCCUUACAACCAGGAGGACGACUCCGCCUUGACUGUUCUCCAGGAGACCAAGAAGGCCAUCGAUCUUGGAUACUGGCCUUUGUACCGUUGGAACCCCGGAAAUGAAGAGAACCACGAGCCCAAGUUCUCUCUGGAUUCGGAACGUCUCAAGCGUGAACUUGAAGAGUUCCUUCGUAGGGACAACCAACUCAGCCAGCUUAUGAACCGUUAUCCCAAGUUUUCUUCUGCCCUCUCUGAAUCUUACGGCACUGAGGUUCGGGCCCUCCAGAAACGCAAGGCCAAGGAUUCUUAUGAGAAGCUUCUCGAAGGUCUUUUCGGCGCACCCUUGACUAUUCUAUUCGCGUCGGACAAUGGCAAUGCCCAAAACCUGGCAAAGCGCCUUGGAAACCGCGGUCGCGCUAGGGGCCUGAAGACUAUGGCCAUGGCCAUGGAUGAUUACCCCGCUGAGGAUCUAUCUACUGAGGAAAACGUGGUGUUUAUAACCAGCACCGCGGGCCAGGGUGAGUUCCCCGUCAAUGGCCGUGGUCUGUGGGAAUUCGUAAAAAGCUCUGGAGAUCUUGACUUGUCUACUAUCAAUUACUCUGUUUUUGGUCUUGGUGAUAGCCACUACUGGCCACGCAAGGAAGAUAAAAUUUAUUAUAACAAGCCUGCCAAGGACCUUGAUGCCCGGGUUGCCUUCUUGGGUGGACGUAAGCUCACAGAUAUAGGACUUGGUGAUGAUCAAGAUCCAGACGCUUACCAGACUGGUUACUCUGAGUGGGAGCCACGUCUCUGGCAAUCCUUGGGGGUGGACAAAGUCGAGGGUCUUCCUGAAGAGCCUGCACCUUUGACAAACGAGGACAUCAAGAUACAGUCUAACUACCUUCGUGGUACCAUUGCCGAGGGUCUUCUAGAUGAGAGUACCGGUGCUAUCUCUGCAAGCGACCAGCAGUUGACCAAGUUCCACGGCACGUAUAUGCAAGAUGACCGUGAUGUGCGCGAUGAACGCAAAGCUCAAGGCCUUGAGCCUGCCUACAGCUUCAUGAUCCGUUGCCGGCUUGCUGGUGGAGUUGCUACCCCCACUCAGUGGCUGCAAAUGGAUGCUAUCAGCAGCUCUCAUGGUAACGAGACCAUGAAGCUCACGACCAGACAGACCUUCCAAUUCCACGGCGUCAUCAAGCGUAACCUCCGAGGUGCGAUGCGUGCUAUCAAUAAAGCACUUAUGACUACUAUUGCAGCCUGCGGUGAUGUCAACCGUAACGUCAUGUGCAGCUCCCUCCCAGAGCUCUCUUUCUACCAUCGCGAGGCGCAUGCUGUCGCGCAGAAGAUUAGCGACCAUCUUCUUCCUUCUACUACAGCCUAUCAUGAGAUUUGGCUGAAGGAUGAUGAUGAUAAGAAGGUUCAAGUUGCAGGAGAUGCCCUUGUCGAUAACGAACCCCUCUAUGGCCCUACCUACCUUCCCCGUAAGUUCAAGAUCACCAUUGCUAUUCCUCCUCACAACGAUACCGAUGUGUAUGCACACGAUAUUGGUUUGAUCGCCAUUAAGGGAUCCGACGGACAUUUGGAAGGUUUCAACAUUCUCGCUGGUGGUGGCAUGGGUAGCACUCACAACAACAAGAAGACAUAUCCUCAGACUGGCCGCAUGUUUGGAUAUGUACCCGCUGAUCAGGCCCACAUUGUUUGUGAAAAGAUUAUGUUGGUCCAACGUGAUCACGGUGACCGUCAGAACCGCAAGCAUGCACGUCUAAAGUACACUAUCGACGACAUGGGCGUUGAGGUCUUCAAGGAGAAGGUGGAGGCUCUCCUUCCAGACGGCUUACGGUUCGCCGAACCUCGUCCGUUCAAGUUUGCUUCUAAUGUUGAUACUUUUGGCUGGCUCAAGGAUGAGAAGGGCCUCAACCACUUCACUUUCUUCAUUGAGAACGGGCGAAUUGAGGAUACUGCCGACUUCCAGAUGCGCACCGGUUUGCGUGAACUGGCGAAGCUUGACAAGGGCGAGUUCCGUCUCACUGGUAAUCAGCAUUUGAUUCUAUCCAGCGUCAAGGAUGAGGACCUCCCUGCAAUCAAGGAAUUGAUGGCCAAGUACAAGCUCGACAACACCUCUUUCAGUGGUAUGCGUCUUUCUUCGUCUGCUUGUGUUGCCUUCCCCACUUGUGGCCUGGCCAUGGCCGAGUCUGAGCGUUACCUGCCAGUUCUUAUUUCUAAGCUCGAAUCUACUCUCGAAGAGGUGGGCCUGGCUAGAGACAGCAUUGUCAUGCGUAUGACAGGUUGCCCCAACGGUUGCGCCAGGCCCUGGCUCGCCGAAGCUGCCUUCGUUGGUAAAGCAUACGGUGCCUACAAUAUGUACCUCGGCGGUGGUUAUCACGGACAACGUCUGAACAAGUUAUAUCGCUCUUCUAUCAAGGAGGAUGAGAUUUUGGACAUCAUGAAAGGUCUCCUCAAGCGGUACGCACUUGAACGCAAUACAGAUGGCGAAGAGCCCGAGAGGUUCGGAGACUGGUGUAUUCGUGCAGGCGUUAUCAAGGAAACUACUGAUGGACGCAACUUCCAUGAAGGACCCCAUAUCCACACCAUGGACUCCUCAGACCCCGUCAUCGCAUCCUACGACGUCUACCUGACAGACUCCGAAAUCUCUCGGUACGUCCUCCAAUAUCUCGACCGACUACCAGACUACCCCUAUGAUGACCGCCAUGGCCAAAGGCCCACUGCCUUCCGUUUAAAACCGAAAACAGGGCUUGUCGAAGUCGACGUCCCCAUCAACACCCGCAUGAACUAUGACGUGAAUAAAGGCCUGAAGUACGGCGAUGCGCUGAAGAAAAGUCGCAGCUCGCAAGAGGGCGGCGCGUUCGGCAUGGCGGGUGGUUUCAGUGGCGGUUCCCUUGCUAGCGGGAAUAAGGUGAAAAUGGAAGCUGGCGGGGAUGUGGAAAUGGGCGGCAUGGGAAAUGGAGACUCGGCUUCCUUAUUACGGGUGCAGACGCUGGGAGGUCGCAUUAAGAUUCCUGAGGAGGGGGACCCAGUUUAUAUGUUGGCUGCUUUCCGGGGGAAUAAUCUUCAUCUGUCGCCUGUUUCGGCGGUUGUGCAGGUGCAUCCUCAGCUUCAUCAUCUUGAUGCGUUAGAUGAGAUUCCCACCAAGGGUAAGGGAAAGAAGAAGGAUGAUGAUGAGGGUGGUGGAAAUGAGGCUCGCGCUAUUGAUAUCAAGGUUAAAGCGGCUGAAGAUGACCAGGCGAGUCAGUUGGCUGGUAACUUGGAUCUUUUGAAGAAGAUGCAGGAGGAGAAAUGGGGUAGCUAUGAUUGGGUCGAUGCCGAGACUGAGGAGUCAUGGCAAGUAUAUGAAAGCUACAUGAUGCACCAAGAUUUGGAAAAUCUACCGCAAUUAGAAUCGGCGAUCGAUAGUGAGGACUAUCUGGAUAAAAUGAGUGCGCCGCGUAUUGACCCAGCAAACCCAGAGAUGACUGGAUGGGCUAUGAAGCAGAAUCGGAUGAAGCAGAAUGGAAGAGGGAGCUCUUCUAGGAGUACUACUGAAGAAUGA